AUGGCAUCAUCUACUUCCGGCAUCUCAACCUUCUUGAUCAUCCCUCUCCUUAUCAUACCAAUAGCCAUCAUCAACAUCGCCAUCGUUAGCGCCGUCCGUGAAGGCGAACUUAACGUCGUGUUUGGUGUAUUGAGAGGCAGAGGCUACCAUCUCUUCGCCAACGCCAUCGCCACUUCCGACAUCCACUACGAUAUCAAAUCCAACGGCAACUUUACCUUAUUUGCGCCGAUCAAUUCCGCUCUGUUUGCUAUUGACAUGACCAUGGCGGCGUCAAAUUACGUUGAGGCCCUCCGAUACCACGUUGUCCCCCGCCGUAUGUCGAUCUCCGAUCUGUUAAGCCUUCCGCCUGGUGAGAAUUACAUUCCUACGCUCAUGCCUGGUCAGAAUAUCCUCGUCGAGCAGCGCCGGGAUCCGAGAUCGUUGAUUACAGUCGGAGGUGUUGAUAUCGUUGUUCCUGGUAUGUUCUACGGUAGAGACAUUGCUGUACAUGGAUUAGAUGGCAUUCUCGAGUUCAGACCUCAUACGCGAAGUUCGCUUCCGAAUGUGACAGCCGCAUCGUUGUCGGAUCUCUCCGGUAACAUGAGUUUGCAAUCGCCGGACGCUGAAUUGUCACCUCCUAGCUCCUCCACACAGGACCUUCCUCCUCCCCUUGAUUAUAAUCCAAUCGGAAAUCUCACGUUUCAGUUUCCGGAGGACGUGCAGUCUCCUCCUUCCGAUUCUUCUUCCGAUUUAUCCCCAACGACCGACGGAAUUGCUAGCCCUAAUCAGUCGCCGAGUGAUUCCACGUAUCUUGAGGAACACGUGUCAAGAGCAAAGCUAUUAGAGUUGACUUCUGCUGUCGCUGACGACGACCUUUCACCGGCUACCGAACAGACCAGUAACCGUCUACAGAAAUUUACUCCGGCGGAUGAUGAGACCGUCGACUGUUGGCUGGCUGAUAACGGUGUUGAUCCGAAGAAUGCUGCAAUCCAUGCGCGAAAACUCUAUAUCGCAUCUGACAUGAUUUGUGCACAGAAAUAA